ACCAUGUAAAACACGCGCCUUCUUUCAUUCGAGGUUAGGGUUUUGAACUCCAUAUUAAGCAAACGGCUUUUGUGUUGGAAACUUGAAAUCGAGGCUGGAAAUGGCGAUUCCCGCGAGAAAUCUCGCCUCCAAACUCUCGCUUGGUCUUCAAUCUCGUGUAUUUUCGAUACCCUGGGUGAAAACAAACAAGUCAAUGUUGUGCAUGAAAGGCAGGGCGUGUAGCUCAUCUGUUCCGGUCAGGUACAUACCUAACAAAGUUGCAAGGACGAAAGAACCGAAGAAUUCUCCGUCUUUGAAGAGUUUUCGAGAAAAUGAUGAAGUUGGUGAAAGUUGGAAUGGUGUAGAGAGAAGAAGUAUAAUUCUGAGCGAGGAGAAGUCUGGAAGUCGAAAGCCAAUAACAGAGAAAAACUUCGCGUUUGAUGAUGCUAAGAAAGUUGAGCAGUAUGUUCCAGAUGGUAGUGCAUGGUCAGGAAAAGAAAUCGAUCAGAAUUUUGCGACUGUGGGCCUCGAACUCAUGGAUGAGCCCGAGGAAGUUGAUGAGGAGAUAGAAAGUUAUCAAGGGAAGGCAAAACAGAAGAUUUUACAGGAUGGUAAAACUAUGAAAGAUGCUGAGAAGUUAGCUGUUGGAAAACUUGCAACAAGAGCAUUUACUGCAGUUGAGCUUAGGAAGAAACUCCUUGGAAAGAAAUUUCCUCCUGAUACUGUUGAGGCAGUGAUAACUGAUUUCCAGAGCAGAGGGCUGCUCAAUGACAGCCUGUAUGCGGAAACAUUUGCUCAAUCGAGAUUUUCUUCCUCAAGCUGGGGACCAAGACGGAUCAAGCAAGCAUUGUUCAAGAAGGGAGUCAGUGAAGUUGACUCAGAGAAGGCUGUGAAAUUUGUUUUCAAGGAUGGUAAAUCCAAUGAAGAUCAAGAAUCAAAUCUCGGCCUCUCAAAACAGUCAAUGGAUCAUCUUUUUGUUCAGGCCUCAAAGCAGUGGCUCCGUGGGCAGGAUGUGCCUAAAGAGACACGUAAAUCAAGAAUCAUUCGGUGGCUUCAGUACCGUGGUUUCAGCUGGGGUGUUGUUGGUAGCAUAUUGAAGAAGUUAGAAUCUCAGUAUCCUCUAUAGAACACUAUAUGGAUAAGGUUUCGGCUACCAUUGCCAUAUAUUGCCGGAGCCAAAAGGUGAAACCGUUAACUGUUGGGGAACUUCAUGUUGCGUCAGCCUGCCCCAGUGCCAUCCAGUUUGUAGAAAGAACCCUACCCCAGUUCUGACAAGGCUCCAAUACACAGAAAGAAGCAGCACAGCUGGUUAUUGUUAAUCUGGUCAACAUUGUUUUCUUUCAAUAUUUGAUCUCAUUCACAUAUUUGUUUUGUUCUCCUGUUUGUACUUAAAAGGAAAAACAAAUCUGUUGUUGAGGUUGUUCCUUUGUAACCUAGGUUUUAUGGGUUCAAACUACAAAAAUAGUGUCUUCUUUCCUGAUUACAGUCUUUUAUGUUAAGACACCUUUGUCCUGAUUCCUGAAGCAACAUUACAUGUAGAGUAUUGUUUUUGUAGUGUAUAAUGGUCCUGCUUGUGCA